AGCUCGGGGAAGCGAGGCUCGUGGCGCCGAUAGAGGCGCAGCAGCCGGGCCGCCGCGUCCUGCCCGCGGUGUAGCUCCAGGACGCGACGCGCAGUUCGUUCGCGGAACACGCACACUGACUGCAACAGUGGCUCGUUAUAUUUGUCCCACAUGCCUGCCACCCGGUAGCCGUGCACCAAGCCCGCCUCGUUGUCCAGAAAGACCAGCGCCCCGCCGGGACCGCGGUGCAGGUUGCUGGUGGCGCGCUGCAUGACGCGCGGGUCCCACUGCAGGCUGAAUAGGUUGCUUACAAGCCGGUCGAAGUUGGCGGUCAGGUAAUCGAAGAGGAUCAAGUCGGUCCAUUGCACUAGGUCCACCAGCUCUGCCUGGCUGAGGUUGGUCAAUUCGCCCCCUGCGUCGCGCAGGGGCUGCAGACGGCCGUCCUCAGAGCGCCAGGGUGCCGGUACCACCACGUCGGUGAGGUUGGGCAGCCAGCGCGUCAGGCUCACCACGCUGCCCUCUGUCCAGUGUGCAGCGCGCAGCUCCUCCUGCACCUGCGCCCACUGCGCGCCCCGCGCCUCCACCCGAGCCAGUGCCAGCGGCGGCACGUGGCGCUGGAGCCCCAGCAGGCGCGCCAGGUAGUAAGACAGGGCCUCGCCCUGGAUCUGCUCCGGGUUGAUGCCGUACCGCACACAGGCGCGGGUGCCGUCGGCAAAGCGGGCCAGUCGGUUGGAGCUUCGCCCGCAGCCCCCACGUUCCAGGGCCACCACCCUGGCGCCCCGCGCCAUCUCCAGCCACGCUGCCGCCUGGGCCUCCGAAAAGCCCCGGGGCACCUGCUCCUCCAGGCCGCGGCUCCAGAAGACACCCCCAUGUACCACAACGCGCUCCUCCGGCCCCUGCCGCCCGGCUGGCACGUGUCGCCUGUGCUCACCCGGGGGCUGCCGGGGCGGGCCAUCUGCGCCGGCCGCCAGGAGUACACAGUGAUUAAUGAAGCCUGCCCGGGGGCCGAGUGGAAUAUCAUGUGUCGGGAGUGCUGCGAGUAUGAUCAGAUUGAGUGCGUCUGCCCCGGAAAGAAGGAAGUGGUGGGCUACACCAUCCCCUGUUGCAGGAAUGAGGAGAACGAGUGUGACUCCUGUCUGAUUCACCCAGGUUGUACUAUCUUUGAAAACUGCAAGAGCUGCCGAAACGGUUCAUGGGGAGGUACGCUGGACGACUUCUAUGUGAAGGGGUUCUACUGUGCAGAAUGCCGAGCGGGCUGGUACGGAGGAGACUGCAUGCGAUGUGGCCAGGUUCUGCGAGCACCAAAGGGUCAGAUUUUGCUGGAGAGCUACCCACUAAAUGCUCACUGUGAAUGGACGAUUCACGCCAAACCUGGGUUUAUCAUCCAAUUAAGGUUUGUCAUGUUGAGCCUGGAGUUUGACUACAUGUGCCAGUAUGACUAUGUCGAGGUCCGCGAUGGAGACAACAGCGAUGGUCCGAUCAUCAAGCGUGUCUGUGGCAAUGAGCGUCCAGCUCCCAUCCAGAGCACUGGCUCCUCACUCCAUGUCCUCUUCCAUUCUGACGGCUCCAAGAAUUUCGAUGGUUUCCAUGCCAUUUUUGAGGAGAUCACAGCGUGUUCCUCAUCACCUUGUCUCCACGAUGGCACUUGCUUCCUUGACAAAGCUGGGUCUUACAAGUGUGCCUGUCUGGCAGGCUACACCGGGCAGCAGUGUGAGAAUCUUCUGGAGGCUGGAAAGUCCAAGAUCAAGGCGCCAGAAGAUUCAUUGUCUGUCCUUGAAGAAAGAAACUGCUCAGAUCCUGGGGGUCCAGUCAAUGGGUACAAGACAAUAACAGGAGGCCCAGGACUUCUCAAUGGGAGCUACGUAAAAAUUGGCACCGUGGUGUCUUUCUUUUGUAACAAUUCUUAUGUUCUCAGUGGCAAUGAGAAAAGAACUUGCCAGCAGGAUGGAGAGUGGUCAGGGAAACAGCCCAUCUGCAUUAAAGCAUGCCGAGAGCCCAAGAUCUCAGACCUGGUGAGAAGGAAAGUUCUUCCAAUGCAGAUUCAGUCAAGGCAGACACCAUUACACCAGCUGUACUCAGCAGCCUUCAGCAAGCAGAAACUGCAAAGUGCCCCUACUAAGAAGCCAGCCCUUCCCUUUGGAGACCUACCCGGCGGGUACCAACACCUGCACACCCAGCUCCAGUAUGAGUGCAUCUCACCCUUCUACCGCCGCCUGGGCAGCAGCCGGAGGACAUGUCUGAGGACUGGGAAGUGGAGUGGGAGAGCCCCAUCCUGCAUCCCUAUCUGUGGGAAAAUUGAGAAUGUCACUUCUCCGAAGACCCAAGGGGUGCGCUGGCCGUGGCAGGUGGCUGUCUACAGAAGGACCAGUGGGGUGCAUGAUGGCAGCCUGCACAAGGGAGAGUGGGUCCUGGUCUGCAGUGGUGCCCUGGUGAAUGAGCGCACAGUGGUGGUGGCUGCUCACUGUGUUACUGACCUGGGGAAGGUCACCGUCAUCAAGACAGUGGACCUCAAAGUUGUCUUGGGGAAAUUCUACCGGGAUGAUGACCGGGAUGAGAAGACCAUUCAGAGCCUGCGGAUUUCUGCUGUCAUUCUGUAUCCCAACUAUGACCCCAUCCUGCUCGACGCCGACAUUGCCAUCCUGAAGCUCCUGGACAAGGCCCGCAUCAGCACCCGCGUCCAGCCCAUCUGCCUUGCCGCCCCUCGGGACCUCAGCACUGCCUUCCAGGAGUCUCGCAUCACUGUGGCUGGCUGGAACGUGCUGGCAGAUGUGAGGAGUCCUGGAUUCAAGAAUGACACACUGCACUCAGGGGUGGUCAGUGUGGUGGACUCGCUGCUGUGCGAGGAGCAGCAUGAGGACCACGGCGUCCCAGUGAGUGUCACUGACAACAUGUUCUGUGCCACCCGGGAUCCGACUGCCCCUUCCAACAUCUGCACUGCAGAUACAGGGGGAAUCGCAGCUAUGUCCUUUCCGGGACGAGGAUCCCCAGAGCCACGCUGGCAUCUGGUGGGGCUGGUCAGCUGGAGCUAUGAUAAAGCAUGCAGCCACAGCCUCUCCACGGCCUUCACCAAGGUGCUGCCUUUUAAAGACUGGAUUGAGAGAAACAUGAAAUAGGUCAGCCAGAGGUACAUUGAGAAUCUUUUCCAGGCAACCGUCUUGUAUGUGUGUUGUUGCACGAGGCAGUCUGUGGACGUGGAGUAUGAUUUUGCCCAUGAACUUGGCUGUGCCAGGAGUUUUUAUUUCAUGGAUAAAACUCAGUAGCAGGUGAAUAGAGAGCUCAGUGUUUGGUAUGACACUGCCUUCCUGACUGCUUGGACAGCCAUUUGGAAGAUACCAGGACUUGCAGGAACUGGGUCUCUUCAAAGAAGACUAUAUGAAUAGAAUAGAAAACUCCCCAUUCAACUGACCUGGUGGUCAUUUCCACCUUUCUGUGACGUGAAUGUCAUGGUCAGUUCUGGUAGAGAGGGGCUUGACCCAGGGAGGUCUGGGCUUCAUAAGGCCUUUGCCAAGGCUCCAGCCAAACCCAGUUCCAGACUGCCUGCAGGACAGCCCAGGGCUGGGGUGCUGUGCAUGCUUUUGUGAUAUGUGGCCACAGUACAGUCUGGUCCCAAUCUCCUGCACACAUUUUAAUAAAACAAGGGUUGCCUUCUGACCCACAAAA